UUUAUCGUGAUUUCGGUGAUGGUUUUGUCAGCGCAAAGCCAAGGAGGAUUGAAACCUGGGUUCUAUUCUUCUUCAUGUCCAAAGGCUGAGGUGGCCGUCAGGUCUACUGUUCAAUCACACUUCAACAAAGAUCCCACCAUAGCUCCUGCUUUACUAAGGCUUCAUUUCCAUGACUGUUUCGUGCAGGGUUGUGAUGGAUCAGUGUUGAUUACGGCGUCUUUGGCUGAGAAAAAUGCCUUGCUGAAUAUCGGAUUAAGAGGCUUUGAAGUCAUCGAUGAUGCAAAAAUGCAACUUGAAGCUUUGUGUCCUAGCGUGGUAUCAUGCGCUGAUAUAUUAGCACUUGCUGCUCGUGAUGCCGUUGACUUGAGUAAUGGUCCAAGCUGGCCAGUGCCAAUGGGUCGAAGAGAUGGUAGAGUUUCUUCAUCAUCCCAAGCCUCCAAUUUACCUUCACCUCUAGAUUCCGUCGCAGUCCAGAGGCAAAAAUUUGCUGCCAAAGGCCUUGACGAUCAUGAUCUUGUAACACUAGUAGGCAGUGCAGACAAUCAGUAGUUUUUAGCACAACUCCAGAUCCUUUGUCCCAAUGGUGGCGACGGUUCAAAGUGUGUGGCAUUGGACAUGGAUAGCCAAACCGAGUUUGAUGUGAGCUUUUUUAAGAAUGUACGGGAUGGUAAACGAAAUCUAGAGUCAGAUCAAUGGUUAUGAGGGGAUUCUGCCACAUGAAGCGUUGUUAAAAACUAUGAGUGAAGACUGGCACAGAUGAGAGAUUAGGAACAUAUGUUCAAGGUUCAAUUACUUUCAAAUUAAAGUGUGCAAAAAUAAUAUCAAACCACUCGGCCAAAGCGACUUUGAUAUGUAUUUUAAUAAAUUAAAUUAAUAUAUUAUAUACAAAAGUAGUUUGUAUAUAAUAUUUUAAUAUAUUAUUGAGUGGUGUAGCUAAGAAAGCAUAAAAAUCUAUUAUUUCGAGUAUUAUC